UAAACGAGGUCGUUACCUAACCGGAAAAUGCCUUUUAAAACAUUGCAGAAUUGGAGAUCUAAAUGUUUUCAGUAUUGAAACGGGGCUAAAACUUUACUACAGACUUACGGAGCCAAGAAUUACGUUAGAUAUACUACUCAAAUAAAUAUGGAGAAAUUAACCAGCACCUCAUCAGUAGUCCAGAUGGUGGACAUUUGGUCGAUAUUUGCAUUGGCUAUUAUUGUUUUGCUUGUAACUAAGUACCUGAUGAACGGAACACUUUCCCCUCCGGGACCAUGGGGCCUCCCAUUCAUAGGUCAUUUACUAUUCCUAGGGAAAGAUCAUGCGAAACAAUUUCAGCGCUAUCGAGAAGAAUUCGGUGAUGUUUAUCAACUUCGUCUGGGUGUUUGGCCAACAGUCAUCAUCAGCGGCUAUCACACAGUAAAAAAAGUAUUGAGCGAACAGUCUGAUAGUUUUGCUGCAAGACCUGCAUUCAAUUCCUUUAAAUUCAUCAAUAAGAUGAGAGGACUAACAUUCAGCUAUUUUGACCAAAGGUAUCUUCUGCAUAGGAAAAUAGCUAGCACAGUUCUCAAGGAAUAUUCUAGUAGAAUGGAAGAAAUUAUGCAGGAGGAAGCCAACAGAAUCGUAAGUGAUUUCCUUAAUGAAAAUGGUCGGCCUUUUAAUCCGAAUAAAGUGGUUACAGAAGCAACUGGAAGCAUUAUUUAUCAGUUUUGCUAUGGUAAAGGAGAAAAUAUUAGGGAAGAUAAAGACUUUUUGGAGUUGUUGGAAAAUCAUAAGAACUUUAAGGAAAUGGCUAAAGCCGCUAAUCCCACAGAUGUUCUUCCUUGGACGCAAAUUUUCUUUCAAGAGAAAGUUCGAAAAUUUCAUAAGUUUAUCAGGAAAGCACAGCAUUCUCGUGCAGAGAAAUUUCAAGAUAUUUUGGAAACAUUUGAUCCGAAACAUAUGCGUCAUGCUGUGGAUGGCAUAAUUUCGACCUCUAUCAGGUAUGGAUUGGAGGAUGAGCCAAAUGAGGUUGGCUUAACAAAACAGGAUGUCUUUACUCUGACUGGAGAUUUCUUUGGAGGUGGAUUUGAUAAUACAUCUACAACCUUGUGCUGGCUACUUCUUUAUAUGGCAGAGUAUCCAGUUGUUCAAGCGACAAUUCAAAGAGAAAUAGAUAAUGUCAUUGGACAGAAAGGCAUAAUACUCUUAGAAGAUCGCGAGAAGAUGCCCUUUACGGAGGCUACAAUUUUUGAAACGAUGCGUCUCUCAGGAGUUGUGCCAUUAGGACUUCCUCACUGUGCAACAGAAGAUGUCUUGGUAAAUCGGUAUAUCAUAAAGAAAGGGACUCUCGUCUUUUUCAAUCAUUAUUCCGUUGGUCAUGACAAGGAGUGGGGUGAUCCUUUUGAAUUCCGACCGGAACGGUUUUUGGAUUCAGGGGGAAAAUUGAUGAGAGAGAAAACAGAGAGCGUGCUUGCCUUCAGUAUUGGACGCAGACGGUGUCCUGGUGAAACCUUAGCUCGCAACGAACUUUUUUUGCUGUUCGCUACUGUUCUAUGUAAAUGUGACAUUAGCAAACCAGAGCACGAGAACUACGAUUUUGAAGGAAACUUUAGUCUGACAUACUCCCCCAAACCUUAUAAUAUUUAUGUUUGUUCUAAGGAAAAUUAGCGGUUUUGAUGUCUGUGGGUUUGAAAUUAUGAUGUUGAAAUUGCAGAGGUGAAAAGUUAAUAUCAUGAAAAAGUGAAAAUAGCGAACAUUAAUAAAUCUCACAACUCCUAUAAUAAACACAAAAUUAAAAGUAGGAUAUACAGUGUUAUGUGAAAUAAAUUGUCUAAUUGUAAUGUAUGGCUUUUUAGCUCACCUGAACCGAAGGUUCAAGUGAGCUUUUCUGAUCGCCUUUUGCCCGUCGUUUGUCUGUCUGUCCGUCUGUCUGUUAAACUUUUCACAUUUUCGACUUCUUUUCCAGAACCACUAAGCCAAUUUCAACCAAACAUGGCCAAACGCAUCCUUGGGUAAAGGGCUUUCAAGUUUGUUCAAAUGAAGGGCCAUGUCCCUUUCAAAGGGGAGAUAAUCACAAAAAUGCAAAAAUAGGGUGGGGUCAUUUAAAAAUCUUCUUCUCAAGAACCACUGGGCCAGAAGAGCUGAAAUUUACAUGAAAGCUUCCUGACAUAUUGCAGAUUCAAGUUUGUUCAAAUUAUGGCCCCCGGGUGGUAGGAUGGGGCCCACAAGGGGGAUCAAAGUUUUACAUACAAAUAUAUAGGGAAAAACUUUUAAAAUCUUCUCAAGAACCACUAAGCCAGAAAAGCUGAGAUUUACAUGAAAGCUUCCUAACAUAAUGCAGAUUCAAGUUUGUUCAAAUCAUGGGCUCCGGGGGUUGGAUGGGGUCACAAUAGGGGAUCAAAGUUUUAGAUACAAAUAUAUAUGAAAAAUCUUUAAAAAUCUUCUUCUCAAGAACCAGUGAGCCAGAAAAUCUGAUUUUUACAUGAAAACUUUCUGACAUAGUGCAGAUUCAAGUUUGUUCAAAUCAUGGCCCCCGGGGAUAAGAUGGGGCCCCAAAGGGGAUCAAAGUUUUACACACAAAUAUAUAGGGAAAAACUUUUUCUCACUAACCACUGAGUCAGAAAAGCUGAUAUUUACAAGAAAACUUUCUGACAUAGUGCAGAUUCAAGUUUGUUCAAAUCAUGGGCUCCGGGGGUUGGAUGGGGCCACAAUAGGGGAUCAAAGUUUUGCAUACAAAUAUAUAGGAAAAAUCUUCUUCUCAAGAACCACUGAGCUAGAAAAGCUGAUUUUUACAUGAAAACUUUCUGACAUAGUGCAGAUUCAAGUUUGUUCAAAUCAUGGGCUCCGGGGGUUGGAUGGGGCCACAAUAGGGGAUCAAAGUUUUGCAUACAAAUAUAUAGGAAAAAUCUUCUUCUCAAGAACCACUGAGCUAGAAAAGCUGAUUUUUACAUGAAAACUUUCUGACAUAGUGCAGAUUCAAGUUUGUUCAAAUCAUGGCCCCCGGGGGUAGGAUGGGGCGACAAGGGGGUCAAAGUUUUACAUACAAAUAUAUAGGAAAAAUCUUUUUCUCACUAACCACUGAGUCAGAAAAGCUGAUAUUUACAAGAAAACUUUCUGACAUAGUGCAGAUUCAAGUUUGUUCAAAUCAUGCCCCCGGGGGGUAGGAUGGGGCCACAAGUGGGGGGGGGGUCAAAGUUUUACAUACAAAUAUAGGAAAAAGCUUUAAAAAUCUUCUUCUCAAGAACCACUGGGCCAAAGAAGUUGACAUUUACAUGAAAGCUUUCUGACAUAGUGUAGAUUCAAGUUUGCAAAGGGUAGUUUGGGCCAUAAUAGGGACUAAGGUUUUACAUGCAAAUAUAUAUGGAAUGUCUUCAGAUAUGGGCCAAGGUGACUCAGGUGAGCAAUGUGGCGCAUGGGCCUCUUGUUUUUUAUAGCAAAUUUAAUCGGCCUGAACAAUCAGAAAUGCCAAGGGACAUUGAUUUCCAGUUCUUACGGAGUCGUACAGGGGAUAUGUUAGUAAUGAAACAGUUCAAGACAAAUAUCUAACAGUAAUUAUGCUUACGUAUAUCGCGAUGUUGUCCUUUCUACUGGAUCAUUAUUUUAGAGUAAAAUCAGGUCCACCAUAUGGAAAUCAAUUUUCCGCAGAUUUUAAAUAAAGUUAUGCAAUAUGAAAAAAAUGCCAAUUAUCAGUAAUGGUAGCCAUUUUGUGCAAAAAGCACUUGUACGGAUUCAUCUCGUAUCUUUGUGCACAUUGUAGAAGGGAUUGAUGAGCAAUUACUCUUCUGACGUUAUUUAAUCUAUAUGCAAGGAAGCUCACAUAGUAUACAUUACAAUUUAUGUGAAUUAAUGAUCACAGUUCUGCAAGAACCCUUUAACAAUGCCGCACAGUAAUCAGUAUUCUCCCCGCCUAAUAUGAGUGUUGACAUUUAAAUGCACCGUGGUGCAAUGUUUGCGACACAGAUAAUUCAACCCCUUGUGCUCUAUCACAAGGUACUCGAAGGGAAAUCAUUCACGUCUGUGAAAAGUAUGUUCAAACAAAAUAUAUCUAGCUUACUACAUGAUCCCCUGUCUUCCUAUCAUAUUAUUGCUAUUAUUUUACAAAGCAGAAAAUGUAGACUCAUAUACAUGUCUAUCAAGAACAUUACCUCCUGUCUGACGUAUUUCAUACCACUUGUUUGCCGUUCAUUACACUCUGAUUUUAAAACGGACAAAUCCAUUUACCUGAUGAGGGCGGAUGUAACCGGUCAACAAAGGGGUGCCUACUCCUAGGCAACAUAUCCUACCUCUGGCAUAUAGCGGGGUCCGUGUUUGUCCUUUUCCUAAAUUUGUAUCGUUUAUGGUAUCAAGAUAUUGAUUACUGUUUGGUAUCUUCACUUACGUGCACUAUACCAUAUUACUACUUUCUAAAUGAGAUAACAUUUUAUGAAUUGAAGAAAUAAAAUUGUUUUUCAUUGUA